UUGUCAAAUAGUUUACUGACACUGACUAAAUACUCAAUCAAAAAUGAUUUACGAUUAUAAUGUAGAUCCCAAUGCGGACGAAAAUAUUAGUACUGAACCCAAUACCGAAGUUGAAUUUUUUAAUGCUAAAGCAUUUCUACAAACUGCGAGCACUAAUACUGGAGAUAAUUUAUAUGAUCACUUGACGGAGGUUUUGAACAAGAUUUUAGCAGAACGACCAGAAAAUAUUAUCGAUUUUUUCGAAGAAUAUAGUAGAAAAGUUAAAGAACGACGUUAUCGACCUUUGACAGACCAUUUAGAAGAUGUUUUUGUAGAACCUAGUCGGCUACAGCUUUCUACAAGUAUUAUGACCGCCUUGAAACCGCUUACCCCACAAGCACCAUCUACAGUUGAUCCGGAAGAUCUCGAGUUAGCUGAUAUGUCUAGAAAUAAUAUGAUGGAAUUAUUGUAUUACUUGGAACAAAUAGGUUUAGGUUUACCCCGACAAGAUAUGGCGUUUGUCAUGCUGUCGAUGCGAAAAAUGAUCCAUACUGAGCCUAUAUCCUGGAUACGAUUUUGGGGAAAGAUAUUUGGAAAGUUUAAUCAUUACCUGGUACUUGAAGCAGAACUAAAAGAAGAUGAAUAUAUGAAAAGGAAUGAGGAAUAUGAGGAAAAAACAAAACAAGAAGAAAUGGCCAAAAUUUUAGUAACAGGAGACGAAGAGUUGGAUAAAGCUUUGAAAGAUAUAUCAAAAAACCAAGAAGAAAUGGUAGGUGAAAGUCCUAAGUCAAAAAUCCCCAGACCCUUGCCACCCAUGCCUAAAAUACAGUAUGAAGAGCCACCUGAGCCACCCAUAGAACCUUCAGGUGUUGGUCUGAACAAAAAGAUUUACUUCGUAUGUUGCAAAACUGGUGAUUCUUGGAUACAGCUUCCAGAUACUACACCUAAAGAGAUCCGGAUGGCUCGGCAAAUAUACAAAUCAUUUACCGGAGAUCUAGAAAAAGAUAUAUUUACAUAUCCGGAAUUUCCGGGAAAGGAAAAGAACUACCUCAGAGCUCAAAUUUCAAGAAUAAGUGCCGGCACACAAAUCGCCCCUUUGGGAUACUAUACAUUUAGGGAAGAAGAAGCUGGCGAAGGUGCAGAAGAAGAAGAAGUGGGGGAAGAAGAACCCGGAGAUCAAGCUAAAACCGAAUACAAAAUUAAUUCGAAAUAUGAUCCUCCGUCCUUGAAAGAUUUGACAGACCGCUCCAUGUCAUUUUGGGUACAUUCCGCUCCAUAUAUCCUACCACAGGGACGAAUCUCUUGGUGGAAUCCAACUCCUGAUACUUUCGUGGAAGAUGAGGAAUUGGGCGAAGAAUUAGGAGAAGAAGAUGAAGAAGAUAAGGAAAAAGCUCCAAAGGCUGAACCUGAAACAGGUCCUCCACUCCUAACACCACUUUCAGAAGAUGCUUCAUUAGAAGCAGUUACACCGUGGAGUGUAAGAACAUCGUCGGAGAUUAUCGACAUGUACGCUUUGGCGGUAGUUAGAUCAAAUCUAUGGCCAGGCGCUUAUGCAUUUUCCACUCAAGGAAAAACUUUCCAUAACAUUUACAUUGGAAAUGGAUUGAAAUAUAUGCAACACAAUUUUUCACCAUCUCCUUUACCAACAGUACAACAGGAGUAUCCGGUUGGUCCAGAAAUUCUAGAGGUUAUGGAUCCCACCGGAGCUGAAGAAGAACAAUGGCGAAUUGAUCACUUGCCUAAACCAAAAGAAAUAGUUGGUGAAGGUGGGGAGGAGGCCGAGGCCGAGGAAGCAGAAGGAGAGGAAGAGGAGGAGGAGGAAGAAGAAGAGGAUUAAAGUUAUUAUAUUUUAAUUGUUUUAUUUGUAAUUUAUUCUUGUUUUAUCCAGUUAAUGUUUAUGGUCCUAAACUAUUGAAGGAUUGGACAUAUUUUAUAUGAAUACACUCACUGUGAAAUUUUCAA